CUAAAAGGGACGGACCGAAUUAGGGAUUUCCGGGCGGCGUUCCACGCGCAAAGAGCGAGUCCCGGUUCCUUAGUGAAAAGGAAAGUCUUUUGCCUUAUAUGGUCGCUGGAUCCAAGAGGGAAAGAUGGAGGAGAGCAACCAGAAACAACAUCGCAAGAAACACAGCGGUCCCAAGGCUGGCAAGAAAAAGAAGCGUCAUUUGAAAGAUUUAGGGAUCGAAGAUGAAGAGGAUGCCAGGAAGAGAAACCCCAAGGCCUUUGCUGUCCAGUCUGCAGCCCGCAUGGCCAGAUCCUUCCACAGGACACAGGAUUUGAAAACCAAAAAGCAUCAUAUUCCAGUGGUCGAUCGCACUCCCUUGGAACCCCCUCCCGUGGUCGUAGUGGUGGUGGGCCCUCCCAAGGUUGGGAAAAGCACCUUGAUAAGAUGCCUCAUUAAGAAUUUUACAAGGCAGAAAUUGGUUGAAAUUCAAGGCCCUGUGACCAUUGUAUCAGGUAAAAAACGACGGCUAACCAUAAUUGAAUGUGGGUGUGAUAUUAAUGCGAUGAUUGAUCUUGCCAAAGUUGCUGAUCUGGCUUUGAUGCUGAUCGAUGCCAGUUUUGGUUUUGAAAUGGAAACCUUUGAAUUUCUGAACAUUUGUCAGGUCCAUGGCUUCCCCAAGAUCAUGGGUGUUCUUACACACCUGGACAGCUUCAAAAAUAACAAGCAGCUCAAGAAGACCAAAAAGAGAUUAAAGCAUCGGUUCUGGACUGAGGUCUAUCAGGGUGCCAAAUUGUUCUACCUUUCUGGAAUGGUGCACGGAGACUAUCAAAAACAGGAAAUCCACAAUCUAGGGCGGUUUAUCUCUGUGAUGAAAUUCCGUCCGCUGAUUUGGCAGACAACUCAUCCCUACGUCUUGGUAGACAGGAUGGAAGAUUUGACAAACCCAGAGGCAAUCAGGGUUAAUCCAAAGUGCGACCGGAAAGUUUCCCUUUAUGGUUAUCUAAGAGGAGCCCACUUGAAAAACAAAAGCCAAAUACAUAUGGCAGGUGUCGGGGAUUUCACUAUCAGCGAUGUCAGCUUCCUGCCAGAUCCUUGCGCCCUUCCCGAGCAUCAAAAGAAACGAGCCUUAAAUGAGAAGGAGAAACUGAUUUACGCCCCACUCUCGGGGCUUGGAGGCUUGGUGUACGACAAAGAUGCUGUAUAUAUUGACCUUGGGGGAAGCCACUCCCAUCGGGGCAGAGAGGAGCAAGAAAGACCAAACCACGAGCUCGUCCAGACUCUCAUCUCGGCACACUCCACCAUUGAUGCCAAGAUGGCUUCCAGCAAAGUCUCUCUCUUCAUGGACUCCAAGCCUUUAGACAUGGAGGAUGUUGAAAAUGAGAGCGUUUUUGCUAUGCCUAAAGAAGAAAAGGAAACAGACCCACAAACUGGGAGGACGCGCCGGAAGGCAGUCUUUGAAAAUGAAGACCAAAGUGAUGAUGAUGAUGAUGAUGAUGAUGAUAAGGAGGAGGAGGAAGAAGAAGAGGGAAUGUCUGUGGAGGAGGACAUGGGAGAGAGGUGCAGUAAUGAGGAAGGAGAAGAUGAUGACAAUUUUCUACACCAGAAUCUGGUUUCCAGAUCUUCCAAGCAAAGCCAAAAUGAAGCGGAGCCUACACUCCUAACAGAGCGGCCAGCCUUUGCCGACAGUGACGAUGAUCUUGAGAUGAGUUCAGGGGAGGAAGAAGAAGAUGACCUCGAAGAGACGGACGGAAGUGAAGAGGAAGAGGAGGCAAUGCCUUCCAGAUCUUCCGCCAGAAACCCCUCAGAGGAGGAGGAGGAGGAGGAGGAUGACGACCUCAAAGGGUCAGACCAGGAAGAGACUCAACUACAAAGUGCUGAUGUUAGGAUACAAGAUUCUGGGUUGAUGAAGGAUGAAGAUGAUGUGGAAGAUCUCUUGAAAGAUGACGAAGACUAUAAAGAGGCAUCUGAUUUCUCUUCAGAAACAGUCGGGGCUCUGAAAUGGAAAGAAGGCCUCACCCAGAAGGCAGCCGAAACUUUUUUGAGACAGCAACAGGCUGCUCCGAAUCUCCGCAAACUCAUUUAUGGGCCAGUGACCGAGGAGGAGGAGGAGGAGGAAGGAAAACGAGAUGUGGAACUUGGUGGUUUGUUUCGCGUCAGCCGUCCCGACAAAGAAUCAAAACGAAAGAUUGAUGCUCUGGAUUGCUCCAAAUUUCCCAUGGAAACCCCGCAGGACUGGGACUCGGACGAGGUGAUGGACAGCAUCCGAGACUGUUUCGUGACCGGAAAGUGGGAAGCAGACAAAGAUGCAGAAAAAUUGUUAAAGGAAGAUGAAGAAAUCUAUGGCGAUUUUGAAGACCUCGAGACAGGAACCAAGUAUAAAGGCAGAUCAGCUGAUCCAGGAGAUGAGGCAGCGAACGAAGAGGAAGAGGGCAACGAGGAAAAGAAUCCCAAAGCGGCUGCAGAGGAAGAGGAGCAAAAGAAACGUAUCGCGAAGAAACGUAAACUGAAAGAGAUGUUCGAUGCAGAUUAUGACGGGAACGCCACCUAUUUUGACGAUCUGAAAGAGGAGCUGCAGAAUCAGGCUCAGCUUAACAGGCUGGAGUUUGAAGAUCAAGAUGAUGAAACCCGAAUUCAGUACGAGGGAUUUCGACCCGGCAUGUAUAUCCGGAUAGAACUGGAGAACGUUCCAUGUGAACUGGUGCUGCAUUUUGAUCCGUGUUAUCCAAUUGUCCUGGGCGGCCUCGGAAACACAGAAGGAAAUGUAGGCUAUGUGCAGAUGCGGUUGAAGAAGCAUCGCUGGUACAAGAAGAUCCUUAAAACCCGCGACCCUUUGAUUCUGUCUCUAGGCUGGAGGCGGUUCCAGACAAUUCCGGUGUAUUACAUAGAAGACCACAAUGGUCGUCACCGACUGCUUAAGUAUACGCCACAACACAUGCACUGCGGAGUAACUUUCUGGGGACCCAUCACUCCACAAGGGACCGGGUGUUUGGCAGUCCAAUCUGUGAGUGGUACAACGCCUGAUUUUCGGAUAGCUGCGACUGGAGUUGUGCUGGACCUGGAUAAGUCUAUAAGGAUUGUGAAGAAAUUAAAGUUGAUCGGUUUCCCUUUCAAAAUUUUCAAGAAUACAGCUUUCAUUAAGGGGAUGUUUAACUCGAUGCUGGAAGUGGCUAGGUUUGAGGGGGCAGCCAUCCGUACGGUGAGCGGCAUCCGAGGACAGAUUAAGAAAGCCCUCAGGACCCCAGAGGGAGCCUUCCGAGCAACUUUUGAAGACAAGUUGCUGAUGAGUGACAUCGUAUUCAUGCGAACAUGGUAUCCUGUGUCUACACCUGCCUUCUAUAAUCCAGUCACCUCUUUACUGAAGCCUCCGGGUGAGAAAUCCUCCUGGAUAGGAAUGAAGACCACGGGCCAGCUGAGACACGAGAAGGGCAUCAGGCUGAAGCAAAACAAGGAUUCCCUCUAUAAGCCGAUAAUGCGGUCGAAGAAGAAACAUUUCAACAAGCUGCAUAUUCCCAAAGCUCUUCAGAAAGCCUUGCCGUUUAAGAGUAAGCCCAAGUUCCAAGAAAGGAAAAAGAAAGUCACCAAGGAUCAGUGGAGACCAGCUGUCAUCAGGGAACCUCAUGAAAGAAAGGUCGCUGCGCUUCUCUCGGCUCUGGGCACGGUGCACAACCACAAGGCGCAGAAGAACAAGGUGCAGCACCGCCAGCAGGUCAAAGUGCACCAGAAAGAGAAAGAGAAAGAGGAAGAGGCGAAGCUGAAGAGGCAGAAGGAAGCCAGGAAGAAGCUUUUCCGGAUUCUCGGACAGAAGGAAAGAAGAAGCAGAAGUCGAGCCUGAAGAGCUCUGUUGAGAAAGAGUAAGAAGUAGCGAUGCACAGAAACCGAAUGAGAAGCCGUCUUCCAAACGCGGGCCUCCAAAACACCAAAGCCGUUCUGGUUUGGAGGACUACAUUCUGGAAAACUGGUGGGACCACAGCCAUUGCUUCUAGAUGGGUCUGGAGGAGAGAACAGAGCCUUCAGAGAAGGUUCUGUUAACAGCCCAAGAGAGCUUCCCACCUAUCUACCAAUGCCUUUCUAAUAACAUCUGUCAGUAAGGAUUGAUGCACUAAAUUAUUGGAUGACUAAUGAACAAAGAUCUAAAAUAUUCCAGCUUGGUUCUGGAUUUGGAAAGGCAAUUGAUUGUAUCCGAAAAGAGCUAUCCAGUCUAAAACUGUCUUUGAUGAUGUUUAUUCGGUAUAAUGUUGAAAUAAUCAUAAAUAUAUUUUAUAUUUUAGUUGUGGAAA